AUGUUUGCUUCCUGCUUAACAAUGCCCGCUGGUGCUCAAAAGAAGGAAAAGAAGGCCCUGGUCGUCCCUUUCUUCUUAUUCAAGACCCGCCAAAACCCUGAGGUUGGAAGCUUCAAGAACGUGUACGGUCGCGUCAUCCAUUACGGAGAGAUCCCUCUAGCGCUUGAUGAAAAGACUCUGCAGAAACAUGUAGUUGACAGCUGGGUCGAGCUUCGAUCCUCGACUUCUAAGAUGCUGCACGAAGCGGGGAAAUCAAACUUUGAUUGCGACGACUAUUUGCGGAAAAUUGCAAAGAUUGAAACAACGGUGUCGAUUCUUACGAGACACGCAAUGAUCGAACCCAAUCAAAAGGUUUUACCUCUGAUCUCUGAGAAGUUACAUCAUAUAGUGCGUCUGCUGUACAUGCCGGCUGCAGACGGCGAAGCCCUUGCGUCGAUGUCGAUUGAGCUCGCGACACUCGUUGCGGACCUCAAGUUUCCUCCCACCUUGGUAGAGCCGGAGAGUUCAGUCUUCAAACCCAGCGUUGGAGCUGCGAAAGAUCUAGUGAAAAACAUCCAGGUAGCGACUGCAGCCUUGAACGAGAAGCGAGCCAAGUACGACCAUAAGAGGGAGAAGAAGUCGAGGAAAACUUGCAAGAAGCAUCCUGACGCGGCUGAACGAGCAUUACACGAGAAAAGGAAACGAGCACAACAUUUCCGAGUCAGGACCUUCGGCUGGAGGGGAGACCAAGGCAUUGACAAAGCCAUCAAGGUGAUCGAUAAGGGCUACACGUCUUGGGCCGGAGGAUGGUCGCCCAUUUCCAGCAGCACCUCCACCAUCCAUGAUUCGCUCUGCGAUGCUCGUGCUGUGUUGUGGCAGCUUCACUACAAGCUCAAGGUUGCAGACGCUGCGCUGCUCUUCCAACAGAUGGACUACGUGUGCUCAAAGUUGGAGGUCGUAGAUAUCAACAAGGAACUGAGAGCCGAGGUGAAGACCUGGAAGAAAUCUGCGAUCAGGGAGCUCAAACAGAAGAAGAGCAAGGUCACAGACUGGAGAAGCAUGUGCGUCCAUUCUCUUGUGCACAGGAAAGCAAGAAUGAUGAAGUGGGUGAAGAAACAAGUCUUCAAGCAAGUUAUGAGUGAUGCACUCGGCGAACUGGGCGAUUUGAUGGAAGGACUUGACUUGGACUUCGACCUCGACCUGGACCUCGACUUCCUUGAUGGGUUCGACAUGGACAUCUUCGAGGGUUUCCCAGACGACAUGUUCAACAUCCCCAUCGGAGAUAUCAACAUGCCCGACGGCUACGGCGAGUUCUCCCUGAACUCGGGCGAGCAGGACGAUGCCAUGGAUACAGCGCCUGGAGGAGGCUGCGAGGAUGUCGAGAUUGAACAAGAGGGUGGUGACGAAGGAGAGGAAGCAGAGGACGAAAUUCAAGAGGAGGACCAGGAACAAGACCAGCCUCCGGAGGAGGAGGAGGAGGAGGAGGAGGAAAAGAAGAAGAAGAAGAAGAAGGAUAAGAAGGAAAAGAAAAGUCGAAGGCAUCAUCGACAUCACACCACGACCUUGGAGCAGGUCCCCGAACAACCGGCCUCAUCUCAGCAGGCCGAGAAGCAAAGCGAUGGGGAGAUCGAGGUUGGAAAGGACAAGAACAAGCCAAGCGAAGGAGGGUGGACUCAGCCCUGGGUGAACGAUCUGUCAAAGCUGCUUUCCUUUGGUCCAACCCCACCAACGAAGCAAGAAGCAGCGUAA